GAAGAAAAAAGCGAAAACCAUCCAAGCAGCUGAAGGAAAUGAAAAAAGAAAAAGCCUUAUGCGGAUCUUGGAAGAAAAAAAGGCAAUGAAAAAAACUUCUCCACUUCUUGCAAAUGAACAAAAGAGGAAGAGGGAGGAAACGCCGCCAGACAGCUUCUCUGACAGUGAUGAAGACGGAGGAGGAGUUGUACCACAACGGAUAUAUGAUGAACUGAAACUGAAGUACCACCAAAUGCAAAGAAAGAUGCAGGAUCUAAAACAAGAUGCGGCCAAUUCCAAAGAAAAAUUUGCUCAACUAAACAAGAGUAAAUGUGAGCUGGAACUGGAGUUGGCUAAAUAUAGGGAGGCAAACCUUUCUCUGCAACAAAGCCUAGAUGAGGUGCUUAAACAACUCUUUUCACAAAGGUCAAUGAUGUCUCAGGUCUCUGAGCCUGUCACCAAGUCCACAACUUUAGCCACCAGCCCCAAUUCAGAGAGUGAACCUCUUCAGCUGCCGAACACCCCAAGGGUAUUGGAAAAGAAGGAUGGGAAGAUUCAUAUUGGAAAUGAGGUUUGGCUGCGAGAGGAAGUCUGGAACAAGAUCCAAGCCACAAGAAAAGACUCGUUGUACGUCAAAGAGUUAGCAGUGGCCAUCUGGGGGAGCAGUGAACUAAAACAACGGAGUGUGUCAGGAAAGGAAUGCCCCACCAAAAACACUGAGGCAAAGCCUCCCAUGACCCCAGACAGGCUGGGAACCCUCAAAGCCACAGACCUUGACUUCUCGGAUAACCACUGCACCCAGGUUAAGGACUAUUCCUCGUACCAAGCUGACUGCCUGCCUGCUCGCCCUGCCUGCAACCAAGCUCAUAUCACCGCCACCAGAAACCAUCUCUUGGCUACUCGUCCACCAUCGGUCUACCUCUGGAACACAGUAAGCCGCUGCCUUAGCAGACAUUACCCCACACCUUCUCAGACCUGCAAUAAUCCUCUGUCCUCUCAUAGGAAGAGCCAUCUGGACCUGGACCACGCCACAAUACUUGUUAUUAAUAAACAUUGUUUGCACUUUCCUCCUUGCCUCUCUGAGCGUUCUGCUUUUGGGUCCGCUUCCUGGUACCGCGGCCACAGGCCGUGA